AUGGAGCCUCGAUGGUCAGUCCCUCCGCCACCGCCGUUGUUCGCCCACGUCAAGCAAGAAAACCGCCGUCUGCCGGUGGGUACCAAUCCUAGCAGCGGAGCAAAGCGAUCACGAGAAGAAGCAACGCUGGACGAUGGCGAUGAGCCGGUCGAAGUGCCACCCCCUCCCAAGAAGCCAAAGGUCGUUAUUGAUCUUACCGAUGACUGA